ACACUGCAAGAGAUACUAUUUAAACCGGCUUCUUCCAGGCGUGAGUCAACAAGCGAGGAGGGCAUCCUAAGUAUGAUUACAGUGAUUUUGUUGCUCUCAAUUUGGCAUACAGCAGCGGCGGCAUGCUGUCCAGAUGGGUGGAUGCAGUAUGGUGGCUCCUGUUACACCAUCAUCACAUCACAGAGGGACUGGACUGAAGCAUCAACCGACUGUGGUAUUUACGGAGCACACCUGAUACAUAUUGAAACAAAGGCCGAAAACGACUUCAUCAAAAACUACUUGAAGAAGUUUACAAAAACUGGAGCCUCCUUGACAUCUUGGAUAGGUUUGAGCGACAUGAUUGGUUCCUGGCAAUGGACUCCCCAGGGAGAACCUGUUUCCUUCACAGACUGGUCACCAGGGCAACCUGGUCGCAAUGAGCCAAAUUCUAACUGUGUAACUCUCUGGGCACCGAAAGGCUACACAUGGGAUGAUUACGGAUGCAACUUAUCUGCCAACUUCAUAUGCGAGAAGGCGAUUGAGACGACCCCUCUUGUUGGAUGAACCAAGGUACCAAGUUCACAUAUGAUUUUAUUUCAAAGGCCAGUUGUACGGAGUUUUGUAAAUUGUACAAUUUGCAAUAAACACAAUCCCAGCCUUCA